CAUGCCUGGUUAGCUACGCAACAGAGACUGUCAUGCAACUUUGUCAUGGGAAAAGGAGUUGUGAUUUGUCAGCAGACAUCAGUACUUUUGGAAGCCCAUGUAGACCGGAAUCCAGGAUGUACCUGAAAGUUGUUUAUACUUGUGCAUCGUAUCAGUCUCCUGCCACUCCCCGAUCACGUUCCAACCUAUCCAAGCAGAAAACUACCAAAAAUGUCGUGGGAAACGAUAUUCCAGAUCCAAAUUGUACAAUCACAAUAAACGUUGGGUCAGACCAGCCCCAGAAAACUAGGGUGAUAGGCUUCGUUUCUGAAUGGAUCAAUGCCUACACAUUCAUCUCACAAAAUCAAGAGCGCUUCUUUUUAUAUCUGAUCGUGAGCGUAGCAGCUAGUUUGCUCAUUCUUCUUAGCUUUCUGGUGGGUCGCCUGCUUCUACAACGUCACAGAGCACGACGGGAUGCCAAAUUCCAUGCCACCAAUAUAUCAGACAACACCCUUCCCAAUGGAUUCACCGACGACAUCAGCGAGGUUGAUGCUGAUAUAGAUUUAACUACUCCAUUACCGUGCCCUGUCCCAUCGGUAACCAUACAUUCAGCUCCUAUCGGCAGCAUAGCUGAGGUUGUUCGAUACCCACACAUCCACGCUCACACCCUCCGUAGACCCCCUCAGGUGAUGGAGACCGACCUCCCAAGAAGUUUAAGUAGUGCUUCCAAUACACACUAUUACUAUGGAUGACCCGAAUGCCCGGGUCGCGAGGGGCCGACUCUUCCACAGUCGCCCACCAGCUCUGCGUGCCCGGGCCAGCGAACCUACUGCUUCUAGUACUGCGGAGUGCCAUGAAGACAUUGAGUGCACGCUAUUGAAGUGAACCAGACCAAAGAUAUAUUCACCUCCAGAUUCUUGUCAAAGACUAUCAAAAUGUUGACAUCAAUUAUCGGAAAACAAACCUACGAAGUUUUGGAAAACGUUUAAUUGUUUGGGAUGAAUUUGACUAUUGAUGUUCCUAGGUUUAGUAGCCGCGGCCCGCAGGUUUUUGAGCCUGACUACAUCAGACGAUGAGAUGUGGCAACGAUCGAAGUGAUCUACUUUGCCUCAUAUGCUCGCAUCCUCAAUGGGACUGAAUGUCGGAUUUCCGUAUGUUUUUGUUCCUGCUCGGUCCAACUAUUCUUGAUUUACUGAUUUGUGUGUUUUGAAGUAUCGAUACCCAUGUGUCAUUUAUAUUCAAACUCUUUUUCUAACGGUUGAAAUCAUCUAACGGGUUUUGCUGUGGUCUUCUUUGGUUAUAAUCUUUGGAGUGGUUGAAGUACUUUCCUUGACGUGUCAACUGAAACUGAAGCUCUGUGAAAAGUCAUCCUCAGUUCAAUCAGGUUGGAGCCUAGCUCCCUUACCCUUUCAGAAGGACAAAUGGGUUCAUGACUAAGAGGUGGUGGAAUCUGGCGGGUUUACGCAUACUUUGGGUGACUUGCCCCGGAAAGAGCAAAUGAUCUGUUACACACCAGUUUUGAAAGCCUACACACCAUGAUGGGGUAUGGCAUGGUAAGGGGUGGUUCCGAUUUGACUUUUUGGACAAUCUGGAUAGAACUAGUAUUGAAAGUUUGGAAAUAGGCGUUUUUAAGAUUGCUUCAUUCAUUCACAGUAAUGUCUAUUAUUUCAUAUAGAUUGAGAGAAAAUUACAUAUAUGUUUUCAAUUAAAUUUCAUACGCUUUGUAGAUAAAAGAGCAACUUUCUUGGUGAAUAUCAGGAGGAUUCACUUUGUCAGUGAUAAAUGGAACUAUUCUUGAAAUUUUCCAUAUAUUUUCAAGCAUUCGAAGUUUUUACCACACUAUUCAUAUUCUAUAUCUAUUCAGUCUAUAUUCAGCCGUUGAUCUACAUUAUUACUCACGAAACAGUAUCGAAAUCAUGAAAUUUUGGGCAACUCUCAACUGACGUCAUGUUUCAAUAACAUAUGUUUCGUUCUAUUCUUCUUCUGGAAUAUAUGCAGAACUAGUUGAAUUUUAUUUCAAUUACUGGUACAAUUCUCAAACAAGAGUAAAUAUCAGAUGAAAACAUAUGUCGAAAUGUUGAAUUAUCGUCAAAUUUAUCACUAUAUAUACACAUUACUUUUGGCAAAUGCCUGUGUCUAUUCAAAAGGUACUGGAACUUACUGUAACACAUUGGGCUAAAUACUGCUUCGGAAUAUCAUUUAAAUAACACUUCAACUACUUGCAAUAUCUACUCUGGAGAAAUGCGCCUUCACGCAUAUUCACUCAUUCUUAGGUUAGUUCUUCUUCUCUUAGUCUCAAUUGGCCUUUAGCCAGGUCUUAUGAGUUGAGUAGACGUCACUGACACCACUGAAGUUUUUUGGGUGUUACUUUUCAGAAGAAAAUACAAUAACUAGCUGAAACUUCUUAGGUUUGUCCUUACUGAUUGAUUAUUGAAUGAAAAACUUAGACUGACUAUUGUGCUGAUGCGAAAAUGAUAAACUUUGUCGACACAGUGAAUCUUUGAAUCAAAUUGUUUUAGUGAAGUCUUGUAUUUAGAAACAAAGCAUUAAAUCAAAUGACAUUCGUUCAAAAUGUUUCUACUGAGAAAUUAUUUCAACUUUAUUUUUAUUGAAAUGUAAAUAGUGUUACAUUCAUUGUUCAAUGUUGUUGGAUUUUUACACAAAUAGUACCAAAAGUUUCAUGGAAGUAGCGUAUCACACUGGUACUUCAAAAUUUGUCAAUGGUGCCUGAGGAGGAUCCUGGAAAACUAUGUCUCGUGAAUCGAAAUGAACAAUUCCUCAUAAACUGGGAGUCUUCACAAUUUCGAAUUGGAUGGGAAAAUAUUAAUUUUUUUGAUGAGACAAUAAUAUCCAAGAAAUCCAACUUUAAGCAAAUAUUGGUAAACUGUUCGAAACAAGUGUUUCUUUUCAUUCAAUAGUACCUAUCGAAAAACUUUGUAUAAAAUUGUAUCGUAUAUAGACGUGACUGUUAUACUUUUACUGAGUACUUCUGGUACGUAUGUGAUAAAACUUAUUCUUAGUCCUGUACAAGAAAUAUAUUUUCAUCAUCAAUUUUCUCAAGUCAGCCCUGAUUUUUGUAUGAACUCCUUAUUAUGAAACAUCAAAAUUUCUGAAUGUGCUGCAAUUUACUCAUCACAGUCCCAUUGAAAGAAGAGAACGACAUUUCGGUGAUAGAUAUUGAUGAAUCUCAGGAAAUUCACCAGAUAAUAAUGUCAUUUUCUCUGUGUGAUCUCAGUCAGUUUCCAAGAGGAGUCGCAGAGGAGAAAAAAUAUGUAAUGAGCAGUUGAGUUGGAAAUUAUUCAAAUCAAGUAUUUUCAGAAUACUCUCGAUUGCCCAAUUAGCGUUGGUAGACUGCUUCAAUUUUUGCCAGAAGUACUGAUAUAAAAUGUAUUGUAAAUUUAUCGAAACUUGGAAGAAUUCAGACAAAUAUGUUAAAGUUCAAAAUCAAAUCAAUCAGAAGUUUGUCAGUGUAUGCUCAAAUUGAAAAUCAACAUUAGCAAUGCAUUUUUUAUAUGAAAACGAGUAAAAAUGGAUUUGAAACCUACAAAAAGGAAUGGAAACUAUUGAAAUUCAUCCAUGUCUGUCUAAAUAAUAUGUAUUUUAUAUUUCAUUUGCAUUUCAACUGUUUUUCUAUUCGUUAUUGUAUAUUUCAAUACAAAAACCUAUUUCAGGGCGAAACACACAAGUUUAAGAAACUUUUACAGUAAAUCCUACUUCAAUACUGUUGUCGCUAAUUUCCACCAAUCACUGCAUUCAGAAAAUUCACUUGGUUGUAUUUUAAUUUGAAAAAAUAUUGUUCAUAAUAUGUAUAUUGUUGUAUAGGAUGUUUUGAAAUGAAAUUAUAAAAAGUAUGUUACAUAUUCUUAUAUUUUUUAUCUUUGUUAGCAGCAUCAUAGUCAUCGUCUGAAGUUAAAUAAUUUAUCUAAAUUUGUAUAAUUACUGAGAUUGUACACAACAUAGUUAUCAAAAUAUGUGUAAAACAUUUUGUGUUAUUUAUAUAAAAAAUAUGUGUUUGUAUAAUUAAAAAACCUAACCAAAA